AGUGCUGCAUAUGCUCAGAUUUGCCCCUGUCUGUUUCUAUCCAUAGAAAAACCUGCGGCUCAUAUAAAAUCCAGGAUUUCUUGAUAUCAAGUAGUAGCAACCUGGCCAUAUCUACAAAGGAGUUAAGAGAGCACGCUGGACAGUCAUCACAUGGCUCAGCCUCCAGGUAAACUGAUGGACGCAGUCAGAAGGCCAGUCUCGGCAGCUUCAUCUCUUCAUCAAUCAGCGGUAAAUCACCUCCAGCCACUGGUCACCUUGGCUCAGAGGAAUGGAGUUGGCAGGAGAUCCCUCCUUACUCUGCUGGCAUCAGCUGCGGCCAUACCCGAGGCUAGUGAAUCAAGAAAGGCCCUAUUGCAAGAUUAUGUGAAGAGAUCAAAGGAAAACAAAGAAAAGAACGACAAGGAGAGGCUGGAUGACUUCUACAAGAGGAAUUACAAAGAUUAUUUUGGUUUCAUGGAAAACUCGGUUAGAGAGAAGAAAGAGGAGGAGCUCACGGAGUCGGAGAAAGGAAUUCUCGCGUGGCUAGGCUUCGCGGAGAGCCCGCCAUCAGCUCCACCGCGCGGUCACCUUGCGCUGCUGCAGCUCGCAGCCGCACCGCGGCGCGCCUGGCCUCCCCAGCACGGCGAGGAGCUCCCAGGGAGCCCGCCCGCUUCCGCGCCGCCUCCUCCCGCUAGACCUCGGCCAGGAGCGCCUCCUCCUCCGCUUCCACCGAGGACAGCACCGCCGCCGCCUCGACCCCGCCGCCACGCCCUGCACACGCACGCCCACACCAAGGCCGGCGCCGCUCCCUCUCCGCUUCUCCAGCGCCUGGGGAGUGGCCUCUCCGGCCUCACGCGUGGCUGCAGCGGGAGAGAGAGAUCGGCCGGCGAUUGGGGAGGAGAAGAGACGUGGGUUGGGGAGGAGAGGAGGAGCGGGGAUUGGGGGGAGUGGAUUGGGUGUGUCCCGAUCUAGGUUUUCACUGUUCAGCCGCUGUAGACUCAAAGGCGACGCGAAUUAACACCCGUAGCUGCCUCUGACCGUUGGGCCUCCCAUAUUGCUGAACCCACGCGUCAUAGACUCGUUGGGAAGAUGAGCAGGUGAGGAAAAAACUCACCGAUCGGA